AUGAUCAUCCACAUUUUGAGAGAUCCUUAUACUGCCAUCUCUUCUCAUUCCACUAUCCAAAUGGACAUCGACCCAGCUAGGCGCAACAAGAAGCCCCGUCUCCUCCUGGAGACGGAGCGCGAGAAGCUUGAUGAAUUUGUGGACUCUAUUCACUACUCGGCAAGAUACAACGACGACAAAUUUGAAUACCGCCAUGUGCAGCUCCCAAAGAAUAUGCUCAAAAAGAUCCCCGCAGACUACUUUGACAGUUCUAAGGGCACUCUGAAAUUGCUUUGGGAGGAGGAAUGGCGAGCUCUGGGUAUUACACAAAGCUUGGGAUGGGAGCAUUACGAGGUGCAUGAACCUGAACCUCAUAUCUUAUUGUUCAAGCGCCCUCUUAACUACCAACCCCCUCUGCAACAAUAA